CAACACCAUCGGCAACAACGUCAAUACCAUCGGCAACAACAAAAAUACCAUCAGCAACAAUGUCAAUACCAUCGGCAACAACGUCAAUACCAUCGGCAACAACAUCAAUCCCAUCAGCAACUACAUCAAUACCAUCAGCAACAACAUCAGUACCAUCAGCAACACCGUCAAUACCAUCAGCAACAACUUCAAUACCAUCAGCAACAACUUCAAUACCAUCAGCAACAACGUCAAUACCAUCAGCAACAACGUCAAUACCAUCAGCAACUACAUUAAUACCAUCAGCAACAACAUCAAUACCAUCAUCAACUACAUCAAUACCAUCAGCAACAACAUCAAUACCAUCAGCAACAACAUCAAUACCAUCAGCAACUACAUUAAUACCAUCAGCAAUAGCAUCAAUACCAUCAGCAACUACAUCAAUACCAUCAGCAACUACGUCAAUACCAUCAGCAACAACUUCAAUACCAUCAGCAACAACAUCAAUACCAUCAGCAACAACGUCAAUACCAUCAGCAACUACAUCAAUACCAUCAGCAACAACAUCAAUACCAUCAGCAACUGCAUCAAUACCAUCAGCAACUACAUUAAUACCAUCAGCAACAACUUCAAUACCAUCAGCAACAACGUCAAUACCAUCAGCAACUACAUUAAUACCAUCAGCAACAACAUCAGUACCAUCAGCAACUACAUCAAUACCAUCAGCAACAACGUCAAUACCAUCAGCAACCACAUCAAUACAAUCAGCAACUACAUCAAUACCAUCAGCAACAACAUCAAUACCAUCAGCAACAACGUCAAUACCAUCAGCAACUACAUCAAUACCAUCAGCAACAACGUCAAUACCAUCAGCAACUACAUCAAUACCAUCCGCAACAACGUCAAUACCAUCAGCAACAACAUCAAUACCAUCAGCAACAACAUCAAUACCAUCAGCAACUACAUUAAUACCAUCAGCAACUACGUCAAUACCAUCAGCAACUACAUUAAUACCAUCAGCAACAACUUCAAUACCAUCCGCAACAACGUCAAUACCAUCAGCAACAACGUCAAUACCAUCAGCAACUACAUUAAUAGCAUCAGCAACAACAUCAAUACCAUCAGCAACUACAUCAAUACCAUCAGCAACGACGUCAAUACCAUCAGCAACAACAUCAAUACCAUCAGCAACUACAUUAAUACAAUCAGCAAUAACAUCAAUACCAUCAGCAACUACAUCAAUACCAUCAGUAACAACGUCAAUACCAUCAGCAACUACAUCAAUACCAUCAGCAGCAACAUCAAUACCAUCGGCAACAACGUCAAUACCAUCAGCAACUACAUCAAUACCAUCGGCAACAACUUCAAUACCAUCGGCAACAACAUCAAUACCAUCAGCAACUACGUCAAUACCAUCCGCAACAACAUCAAUACCAUCGGCAACAACAUCAAUACCAUCGGCAACAACGUCAAUACCAUCGGUAACAACGUCAAUACCAUCGGAAACAACGUCAAUACCAUCGGCAACAACAUCAAUACCAUCAGCAACAACAUCAAUCCCAACAGCAACAACGUCAAUACCAUCGGCAACAACAUCAAUGCCAUCAGCAACAACAUCAAUCCCAACAGUAACAACGUCAAUACCAUCAGCAACAACAUCAAUACCAUCAGCAACUACGUCAAUACCAUCGGCAACAACGUCAAUACCAUCAGCAACAACGUCAAUACCAUCAGCAACUACAUUAAUACCAUCAGCAACAACAUCAAUACCAUCAUCAACUACAUCAAUACCAUCAGCAACAACGUCAAUACCAUCAGCAACUACAUCAAUACCAUCAGCAACUACGUCAAUACCAUCAGCAACAACAACGUCAAUACCAUCGGCAACAACAUCAAUACCAUCAGCAACAGCGUCAGUACCAUCGGCAACAACAUCAAUACCAUCGGCAACAACAUCAUUCCCAACAGCAACAACAUCAAUACCAUCAGCAACAACAUCAAUACCAUCAGCAACAACGUCAAUACCAUCAGCAACAACAUCAAUACCAUCGGCAACAACGUCAAUACCAUCAGCAACAACAUCAAUACCAUCAGCAACAACGUCAAUACCAUCGGCAACAACAUCAAUACCAUCAGCAACAACGUCAGUACCAUCGGCAGCAACAUCAAUACCAUCGGCAACAACAUCAAUACCAUCAGCAGCAACGUCAAUACCAUCCGCCACACCGUCAAUACCAUCAGCAACAACAUCAAUACCAUCAGCAACAACAUCAAUACCAUCAGCAACAACAUCAAUACCAUCAGCAACAACGUCAGUACCAUCGGCAACAACAUCAAUACCACCGGCAACAACAUCAUUCCCAACAGCAACAACAUCAAUACCAUCAGCAACAACAUCAAUACCAUCAGCAACAACGUCAAUACCAUCGGCAACAACAUCAAUACCAUCGGCAACAACGUCAAUAUCAUCGGCAACAACAUCAAUACCAUCAGCAACAACGUCAAUACCAUCGGCAACAACAUCAAUACCAUCGGCAACAACAUCAUUCCCAACAGCAACAACAUCAAUACCAUCAACAACAACGUCAAUACCAUCAGCAACUACAUCAAUACCAUCAGCAACUACAUCAAUACCAUCAGCAACUACAUCAAUACCAUCAGCAACUACAUCAAUACCAUCAGCAACUACAUCAAUACCAUCUGCAACAACGUCAAUGCCAUCACCAACAACAUCAAUACCAUCCGCAACAACAUCAGUACCAUCGGCAACAACAUCAAUACCAUCAGCAACAACGUCAAUACCAUCCACCAUGGCAUCAGUACCAUCCGUCACAACUUCACUACCUUCUGCUGCAUCAACAUCACCAUCAACAACAAUUUUGUUAGCAUCCACAAUGACAUCUAUACCAUCUACAAUUUCUGCAACAUCAUUAGCAACUACAUCAAUACUAUUCGCAAGGACAUCAGUUACAUCUGUAAAGUCAUCUUCACCAUCAAUACCAUUUGCAACGACAGCAAUACCAUCAGCAACAACAUUAAUACCAUCUGCAACGACACCGAUAACAUCUACAAUGACAUCAAUACCAUCCACAACAACAUCAAUACCAACAGUAUCUCUGUCCAAACCAUCAGCUACAACAUCAACACCGUCUGCACCAACACCCCUGUCGUUAGCAACAACAACAAUACCAUCAGCCACAGCAUCAGUACCAACAUCAAUAGCAACCAGUACCUAUGUGCAAGCAGUGACAACAGCGCCUCCACAGCCCAUACCUACUGCCACAAGUCCCAAAGCAACAACAAUGAAGCCAUUUCAAGCCAGCACUACGUCAAUACCUGCAAAAAAAACGUUAAUUUUAUCGACCACAUCAAUUGGGACAUCUUCAACAUCCUUAGUAAAAACAACACCACCAAUCGCAACUGAAACAACAACAUCUGUACCAAAACCACAAUUAACAUCGAAAAGCACAAGCACUCCAACAAGAACAUCAAUAUCUACAUCAACUACGCUGUUACCAAUAACUACUUCAAUGCCAGCAACUGCGACAUUAAUAUCAGCAGCACCAUCAUUAUUACCUAUUACAACAACAGCCGCAUUGUCGGGCAAAAAAACUUUAAUACCAACAACAACAACAUCGACACCAACCACUACAUCACUGCAAUCAUCAAUAACUGCAACAUCGACUGCAAUAUCAGCCACAAGUGCAAUACCUACGGUAGCACAAUCAUAUCAAUCAACAGCAUCAUCACUACCUUCCACAUCGUUCAUCCCAACCACAUCCAUGCAUGCUUUAACUUCAAUACCAGCAAGGGAUGUUACAAUAACGACUGCAGUGCCAUCGAUACCUACAGCAACAAGAACACCAAUAAGAACAACAUCAACAACAACCUCACCAACAUCCAUACCGGCUUCAACUGCGAGAAUGGAGCGUCCAUCUUCAAAAGGAGGCACACCAGCAACUCGCAUUGGCAUCACGUCUUGUAAGGAAAAGCCAGGAGGAAAGAAACAAUAUACACCAACUUCGAUAUCGGCAACAAGAUCAAUGCCAACACCUGCCACAACAUCAAUGCCAACAACAGUGAAAAUCAUAUCAAUACCAGCAACAACAUCACAGCAAACAAUGACAUCAAUCCCAAUGAUAAUCCGAUCAAUACUAACAACAACAUCAACACCAACAACAACAUCACUAAUACAAACAACAACACAAUCAACAUCAUCACUGCCAACAACAACAUCAACACCCACAACAACAUCAACACCCACAACAUCAAUACCCACAACAUCUAAACCCACAACAUCUAUACCCACAACAUCAACACCCACAAAAACAUCAACACCCACAACAACAUCAAUACCCACAACAACAUCAAUCCCCACAACAACAUCAAUCCCCACAAUAACAUCAAUACCCAAAACAACAUCAACACCCACAACAACAUCAACACCCACAACAACAUCAAUACCCACAACAACAUCAAUACCCACAACAACAUCAAUACACACAACAACAUCAAUACCCACAACAUCUAUACCAACAACAACAUCAAUACCCACAGCAACAGCAACACCCACAACAACAUCAACACCCACAACAACAUCAAUACCCACAACAACAUCAAUACCCACAACAACAUCAAUACCCACAACAACAUCAACACCCACAACAACAUCA